GUUGCUGAGGCAGUGCGAAGGCGAGUGGUUGCUAGGUUACCGUCGGACAGCCGCCGUGUGUAGUUUUCAUGGGGGUAGCCUCAAGGCGGAGAACCGGAGGGGGUUGAGGAGAAGAGGCACUCACUGUACGUAGAGACAGUGAUCCACAGAUUGAAUCACAAUGCCGAAGAAGGGAUCUAAAAAAGUGACCAAAAUGACCGAGGAGGAGCAACUGCUGUACAUGCAGCAGAAAAUGCUGGAAGAGGAAGAGAUGCAAAAAAAGAAAGAGGAUAUGCUGAAUCAAUUCUUAAAGGAUAAACUGUCCAAGGAAGAGCACAACACCCGUCUUAACACGCUGAAGCUAAAUGAGAAGUGGCGCACCGUGAUGCGGGAGGCAAAAGCUGCAGAACUCAGGAAGGACAUUGAGAUCCUGAGCCAAACCUUUGAAAGAAUUGUAGACCGGAAAGACGGUGUGAUCAGAGCUUUAACAAAAGAUUUGGAAGAGGCAGAGGAACAGUACGCAACGGCCCUGCGGAACCAUAUUCAGAACGUGGAUAAGCUGGUGGAUCUGCAACGCAGUCGACUUAUCAUAAUAGAGAAUGAGUUUGAGGCAGAGUUGGCGUCACUGAAAGAAGAGUUUGAUGCUGAGAGACAGCAAAUGAUUGUGCAGCAUGAGCAAGAGAUGACCAAUCUGGAGGAUAUCAUGUACGCCAUGGACCAGAUCUUUGGAGAAGUCGCAAACGAAGCACGACAAGAAUUCAACAGUACCAGGGAUGACCUCAAAAACAAGAGUCUGGAGGAGAAGCAUUCACUCCGAGUUAAUCUGGAAGGAUUAGUGGAAGAUUUGUGGCUGCAGUUUCAACAUGCAUUGAAGAACUAUAUCGACUCAACUGAGGAUCGAAAAAUUGCAUUUGAAACUCUGAAAGCACGAGAUGAAAAGAGUGCAAAAGAGAUUGAAAUGCAGAUGAAAAGGCUGCAGAAAAUGCAAGAUACAAUAGCAACACUGAAGGUCAAGAUAGCAGCUAAUUCACGCAAGUGUGAGGCACAGAACAAAAAAUUACGGAAUGAAAAAGAAACAAUUAAGCAGCAUUUCCUGAUGCAGAAAAGCCAGAUGAAUUACCUCCGAGCUCGUGAGCACGAGCGACUCAUCAAACUAACCCUGGAGAGUAAUGCUGCCAUCAAAACACUGAAGGAUGUUUGUGAUAAGGGUGAGCACAUACUGAAGAUGGCAGAGAUGUGCAGGAAACUGGAAACAGAAGAAGAGAAGGUUCUCCCAUUCUAUGCCUCCUCUCUGACCCCGGAAGAAGAGAAUAAAGUCAAGCAUUUGAUGAUGAUGAGGCCAUGUGAAGAGCUUGCUGAGGCAAUGAUGGAUUGUGUGGCUCUGGAACAAUUCUGGAAGCGCUAUAAUAAGGUUUGUUUGGACCAGAUUGUUUUGCAGAAAGAGAAACAUACCUUGCUGCAGGAGAACAGACGUCUCCGGCAACUCCUGAAACAGUACUUAGAUGGAAUCUCUGUCAAUGAGGAAAUCCUGUCAAACCUAAACCCUCUCAUUGUCAUCAACAACAAAACAAAUGUGAAAAUGAAUAUGCCUGUGAUAGAAUCUGCAGCCUCAAAGCCGGUUUACAAUGUGAUUGAGGCUGCACACAUCAUUAAUCACACAGUCUAAUAAUCACUUAAAUUCA